ACAAGGUACGCUGAAGAUUCUUCGAGAAGAAACUCUGCGGCGAUUAACCACAAACUGAAAUCUCAACCGGGAAAUUCCCCCCUAAUUCUUCGUAUUUCAGACUUCCUUCCGAUUAAGGCUUCGAUACUUCUCAAUAUACUGAAUUUCAAUUGCAUAAAUCAGUCUUUUCAUUGAGUAUAGGAAUCACUCGCCUCUGCUCCGGGUUUUAAAAACUAGCAUUACUCACUAGGUCAUUGUGUGAAAGAUUUGGAGUUUCGAUGGGUGCUCCUAAGCAGAAGUGGACACCAGAAGAAGAAGCUGCUCUUAAGGCUGGCAUUCAAAAAUAUGGAAUAGGAAAAUGGAGUACUAUACUCAAAGAUCCAGAGUUCAGCACAGACUUACGGUCACGUUCUAAUGUGGACCUUAAGGAUAAAUGGAGAAAUUUAAAGUUCAUGGCAAAUGGUGUUGGAUCCCGCAAUAGGGCUAGAGUUUCAGUUAAAAGCAGUCAGCUUAUCAUCAAGCAAGACGAAGACACUGCGACUACUAGCAUGGUGGUUGAUAAGGAUAUGGAAGUUAUUGGUGUAACUUCCAUUGCUGCAUCCAAUGAAUUAUCCCAGGAUGUAAUAUUCAAGAAAAACAUACCAAGGAUGGGUGAUGUUAUUCUGGAGGCCAUAACAAAGUUAAAGGAACCUCGAGGAUCUAGUCGGGCUGCAAUUAUGCAAUACGUAGAGGAAAAUUACUCGGUCCCUGCAGAUCAUGAGAGGACUUUGGCUGCACAUUUGAAGAUUUUGACAGAAAAUGGACAAUUGAUUAAGGUGAAGAAUCAAUACAGAAUUGCACCAAAGCUUGUCUCUUUUUGUGCUUCGGAAGAACCAAAGUUGUUACUUGAAAAUGGAGCUACGAAGAAUACCUUUCAAGCAGAGAGAAGCAGCGACGUUGUACUUCUUAGUAAAGCUGAGAUUGAUGCCGAGCUAGAGGAGAUGAGGAGCAUGUGCACUAAGGAGGCUGCUGAAGCUGCUGCAAGAGCAGUUGCGAAGGCUGAAGCUUUGAUGGCAGAAGCUGAGGUGGCAACUAGGGAAGCCGAGGAAGCCGAGGCUGAAGCAGAAGCCGCACAGUGUUUUGCUGAUACCCUUGCGAAAGAAUUGAGUUAUCAAGCCAUCCGUGUCUGAUCAUCUGAUUACCUGUCAAGAACCUCAUCUUUUUGCAAGCAUAUAUGUCCAUAUAUUGUAUAGAUAAGAUGCAGAUUUUGAAUCUAUGAAUUUUGUCCCCAUAAUUGUAGUGACUCGAACCUCCACCUAUUGGUUGGAGGAACAACAUACAACCUAAGAUGCACUUCACCGUCCUCAACAUCUAUAAAUUAUGUCCCCAUGGUUGUGGUGACUCGAAUCCCUA